GCGAGCGAGAUCUAGUGUGUUUGUAGAGUGAGACUUGGGAGAUAGGAGGGGCUUCUGAACGACUAGAAAUGUCAAUCAGACCUAAGAGUCCCCAAUAAUCUAAAGCAAUCUGUAAGGACCUGACCUUAGUCCAUUCAGAUCAAUAGUAAAGUGAGGGAGGCGAGCACCAUCGGAUCGUUAACACUGGCUUUUUUAUGAAGAAACAUAGACUCCCCUCACAGUUUGUUGUACUCACCGUAAAGUGGAUAUCGUAGUACUUACAGAGAGUGCGAUUCCUGACUUUUUGUGAUUACAGAGGCAUUCUUCUACCGACAUGUCUUUCCCACAGCUGGGAUACCAGUACAUCCGACCGAUAUACCCGUCGGAUCGCCAGGGUAUCGGCGGUGCACGAGCCGGGACGGAACUAAGCCCGUCCGGAGCGCUCUCUAAUGUCCUUUCCACGAUGUACGGAUCACCUUUCGCAGCUGCACAAGGAUAUGGCGCAUUUCUUCCUUAUUCAAAUGAUAUAUCAAUUUUUAAUCAGUUGGGAGCUCAGUAUGAGUUGAAAGACAGUCCAGGUGUACAACACCCCGGCUUUCCUCACGCUCAUCCCGCUUUCUAUCCCUACGGUCAGUACCAGUUUGGUGACCCGUCCAGACCCAAGAAUGCCACGAGGGAGAGCACCAGCACGCUGAAGGCCUGGUUAAGCGAGCACCGCAAAAACCCGUACCCCACCAAGGGGGAGAAAAUCAUGCUGGCCAUCAUCACCAAAAUGACCCUCACCCAAGUGUCCACCUGGUUCGCCAACGCCAGGAGAAGGCUAAAGAAGGAGAACAAGAUGACCUGGGCGCCCAGAAGCCGGACUGAUGAAGAAGGGAAUGUUUAUGGCAGCGAUCAUGAGGGGGAUGAUGGAGACAAACGAGAAGACGACGAAGAAAUCGACUUAGAAAAUAUCGACACGGAAAAUAUCGAAAAUAAGGACGACCUAGACGAUCAAGAUGAUCUGCACGCUGAUAUAAAGCUCGACGGAAGAAGCGACUCUGAAAUUUCGGAUGGUUUUGAGGACUUGCAUGGAGCAGACCACAGAUUUCUUAAAACCGUGGUGAAAGAGGGAAAAGACGUGAACGGGGACCGAGAUGAGCAUUUCCAUCACCAUUCAUUAGAAAUCAAAUCGACGCAACCCAACAACGCUGAGCAAGUGAAAAUAAACCAAGGUGCCAUCGGUUCCCCACCCUCAGAAAAUAACGCUGCCCCAGCCCAAAAGCCUAAAAUCUGGUCUUUGGCUGAGACGGCGACCACCCCGGACAAUCCCAGAAAAUCUCCACUUGUGAAUGGAAACUGUGCUGCGACCGCGACACAAGCGAUAAUCGCCCCUCACAGACUUAUCUCUUGUCCGGUCGGGAAACUUCAGAACUGGACAAGCAGGGCUUUUUCAGCGCACCAGCUGGCGUUGAUAAACUCAAACCAUUACCUCGGACUGGCGAACCAGGCAUCGGCGAACGGUCUUGCGAUGUACGGCAGACAGACAGAUGACAAGGGUCAUAACUCUGAAUCAGCUGUAACAGAAAGAUCUAGUGCCUUGGAAGCAGAGAAAAAGUUAUUAAAAUCGCCUUUCAUCCAGUUCAAAGACGGUAAGCGAGCAUUACGUUAUUUACUUUGGAUGUAUUUGUGUUCUUCAACUGUAAAUCCGCUCUGUUUUAAUGCGUUAUCAAAAUACCAGUUUUAAACGCGGGCCAGGGUAAGGCUUUGUAGCAUCACGUACGUCGUUUCAUGUUGAAGUGCAGCCUGUUUAAAACAGGAAGCUCCGACUUAGACUGCAUCGAAUUAUUGACGGUCAGUUUUUUGAUCGUAGUCCCGAAUCCCCUUCGGCAUAAAGAGUACACAUCAUGGUAAAGAAAUAUUUUCAUCACAUUAAAAAAGAAAAAUAAUCUUAUGUGUUUUCCAGGCCUCAGAACCCACUAGAAGCAGCAGUGGUUGUAUCCGUGAUCCCCUCCUUAUAAGCGUUCUGUUUUUUAUUUUUAUUUUUAUUUUAAAAUAUAUAUAUAUAUAUAUAUAUUAGUUUAUUUCGAACAGUUGUAAGGAAUGUAAAAUAUUAAUACUAAGUCUCUGUAUACGUACCUUGUAAGCAUGUGCUGUGUAAAACUGCUAAUGUAAUAUUGUAUGAAAUUGUGGUCCGUGAGCUUUUCUUUUUGUAAGUUCCGUGAGGAUUUGAUGUUUAAAAUGUUUUGUAUAUACAGUAAAGAAAAUGUACAUACUGGUGACCCAAAUUGUACAAGAAAGUAUAUAUUUUGGCUAAUAAAUGAACCGUUGGAACUUUAUCA